GCUUUGACAUUUCGCCGCAGGUCUUGUCGGCAGCAGUGACCGAAAACAAUAAAUAAACCCGGUUCCAGCGAUUAGUUCUCUACACGCGAUUCCGCUGUUUGUAAAAUCAUGGCUAGUCGUGCAGCAAUGCUUCUGGGGCAGGUUAUCCCGUGCGUUAAAGCAAACGCAUCCAAGAUACGCGUACGACGGAUGGAGCUGGACACAAAUCUCAACAUGUACUUUAAAAAGGACGAGUUUUACUUUGCCUACGAUCCGGACAAGCGGUGCAAGACUGGCGACAUUGUGCUGAUAAAGGAAUUGCCCGAAAAGCUCACACGGCUUAUUUCGCAUUCGGUGGAGGAAAUCGUAUAUCCGCUGGGCGAUAUUACCGAUCCCAUUACUGGCAAGAAGGUGGUCGUGGGCAAGUACCGCGAGGAUAUUGAGGAGGCGAACCGGCUGUUUGGCAAAUCCAAAGAUGCAUUUGACUACAAUAGCGCUCCUCCACGCGGUCGGUUGGAGGGUACGCGGGACUUCACGCACGGUGAAACCUACAUCAAGUACCACGAGGAUGGCAAGGAUCAACCGUUUGCAGUGUAAAGCGAAUGAUGUUUUGGAAGUUUGCUGCCACCGCGUGUUAAUAUAGAUGUAGUGAUAAGAUGUACAGGAGAAGCGCCAGAAUAAAUCCCCGUAAAGUGUAGCAGUGGAACAAUCGAAAAAGAAAAA